UUCAUUGUUCAAGGUGGGGCCAUGCUCAUGAUCUUCCAUUUAGUUUCCUUUUUCCACCGUAUAUAUUCUCAAGAAUACCUUACCAUCUUUUUAAAUUAGUUCACAUCACUUUGGUUUUUAACUUUCCUUGCAUUCUUCUUCACUUCACCUGCUUCAUUCUAAAGUGUCAACCCAUAACAUGAAUAGAAAUAAUGGAUACAGAGAGGAAAAAUCAUGCUGCUAUUUCCACCCAAAACAAGUAGUUGUGGGGGUAUGCCCCUUGUGCUUGAAUGAGAGGCUCCUCUUAGUGGCUGCAAAACAGGGUCGUCACCACAACCACCCUUCUGCCUCCAAAGCUUCACAAAGGCCUCAAAGUUCCAUACAUAAUAGAAAGCCAUCCACUUCUAUUCACAAGAUCUUUGCUUUUGGUUCUCUCUUCACUCGCCCAGAAUCCUGGCUCUGGAAAUCUCAAAACUAUGAGUAUGAUAUCUCUCCUAGUCCAGAAGACUCAUUCAUCUCAAUCAAGUUUGAAGAAAAUGGGGUGGCCUCGUGGGAAAAGAGCACAGUCUCAAAGGUGUCCCUAGAGAACUGCAACAAGAUGUCAUGGAACAUCCGAAACAAGGACAUGAGCAAGGAGACCAAGAGCGUGAUAGAACAUGGGAAGUCACGUGACACGUUUAGGUGGCGAAAGCGGAUAGGUCACAUGUUCCAGCUCAUCCGGUGGAAGAAGACCGGAGGUGUGUGCCACGUUGGCAGCAAGGUAGAAGGAGUUAAGGUCAGAAAGGGUUGGGUGAGGACUCUGACAAAGAGGAAGACGACCAUGGAAUAAAGGAACCCCUUUAAAAGAAAAGAAAGUGACACCAAAGAAGAAGACCAUUUCUGCCUUUGGUUCUCACUUUGCAGUGUGACUACUGUAAAGUUAUAGAAUACUAUUCACAUGCUAGAGUCAAAAAUAGCUUUGUUACUCUUUCGAAAAUGUGCUUUAUAUUACAAGAAAGAAAAAAGAAAAAGAAAAAGAAAAAGAAAAGGCUAGUGCUUUGCAUGCUUUCAGCACUUGGGGUGAUGGGGUUCUUUGUGUAAUUCUAUUGCUGUUUUUUCUUUUUUUUCUUUUUUUAAUUUCUCCAUCAAUACUAGAGAGUACAGGCUGUAAAAGAGUUUGAUGAAAUUUCUUUGGUUUUGAGAUUUAUACUUAAAAUAAGAUGAACAUUUGAUAACUUUUUUCCAUAC